AUGGCGCCAGGAAAUCAAUCCAGCAUUUCAGGAUUUUUUCUACUGGGGUUCUCCCAAAACUCGGAGCACCAAGUCCUCCUCUUUGGCAUGUUCCUGUGCAUGUACCUGACCACGGUUCUGGGGAACCUGCUCAUUGUCCUGGCCGUCAGCUUUGACCCCCACCUGCAUACACCCAUGUAUUUCUUCCUCUCCCACCUGUCUUUGAUGGACAUCUGUUUUGUCUCCACCACUGUCCCCAAGAUGCUGAUGAACAUUCAGACACAGAGCCGGGCUAUCUCCUAUGCAGUCUGUGUCACCCAGGUCUUCUUUUUCUCGGUGUUUGGAGGCAUGGACACGCUCCUCCUUACCGUCAUGGCCUACGACCGCUUUGUAGCCAUCUGCCACCCUCUGCACUACACCGUGAUCAUGAAUGCCCUACUCUGUGCCUUGUUGGUCAUCGUGUCCUGGCUGGUGAGCUUGUCCUACUCACUGCUCGAGAGCCUUUUGAUGUUGCAUCUGUCCUUCUGUCGCCGUUGGGUCAUUCCACACUUUUACUGUGAACUGGUCCAGGUGCUCGAGCUCGCCUGCUCCGACACCACUAUCAACCAUGUCAUUGUCUAUGCCGUGAGUGGGCUUCUGGGCAUAGCCCCUCUCUCGGGGAUCUUUUUCUCCUACACUCGUAUCAUCUCUUCCAUCUUGAGGAUCCCUUCGGAGGACGGGAAGCACAAAGCGUUUUCCACCUGUGCCUCUCACCUCACCGUCGUCGCCUUGUUCUACGGAACGGGCCUGGGUGUAUACCUCAGCUCUGAGGUGUCUACUCAGAGGAACUUGAUUUCCUCGGUCAUGUACACAGUGGUCACCCCCAUGCUGAACCCCUUCAUCUACAGCUUGCGGAAUCGAGACAUCAAGAGAGCUCUUCAGAGAGUUGUCCUAAAAACAUUUCUUGUGGCAUAA